AGGAGAGGCUGAAGGCCGCCAUGCGCUCCCUCAGGCACGAGGCCGCCCCGACCGUCGCGUCCUACGCGGCGGCGAUGGAGGUCUGCACCAAGCGGGACCUCGCGCAGGUCGCGGUGGGGAUCUUCGACCUGAUGCUUGAGAGGGGGGUCGGCCAGGACCAGCCGCUGAUCGAUCGGCGCGUCUCCGUCCCCUUCUUCAAGAUCGUGGUGCACAACCUCGGGGACGAGCGCCUGCGGCAGGACGGCCUCCGUCUCCUCGACCUGGUCCGGGCGCACGGGCUCUCCCCCGCGGUCGGCGCCCAGGACUACCUGAUCGUCGCCUGGAGGAGCAAGCUCCCCAAGCACGUCGUGGAAUACUUCGUGAAGAUGAGGGAGGAGGGCGUCGUGCUCAGCUGGACGGCGGUCCGGUGUGUGAUGUCCUUCUACCAGUGGUCCGACCCGGCCUUUACGCUGGUGCUCUACGGCGAGCUGACAGAGCGGGGUGUGAGGCCCGACCGCGUGCACUUCAACGCGGCGCUCACCGCCUACUGCGAGCUCGGCAAGACGGAUCAGGCAAUGCAGCUGCUCCAGGACGGGCCCAGCCUGCAGGUGGAGCCCAACGCCCAGACCUACCAGAUAGUGAUCAGGUCCUUGACCAGCAGGGGCAGUGACGAGGAGGCGCUGGCCCUCUUCGAGGCGAUGCGGGAGCACCAGAUCACCCCGUACCGCGCCACCAACCAGGACGCGGUGCUCUGCUACGUCAGGCGCAAGAGGUACGCGGAUGCCGCCGCGCUGUGCAGCGGGAUGGCGCCAGGGAGCCAGCGCCCCGGCGAGGACGCGUGCAGCUUCCUCCGGAGGUCGUGCCAGAGGUACGCCUGGACCGACAUCGCGGCCCACGUCCCCGAGGACCCCCAGCAGGUGAGGAGGUGGAGCCCGGUCCGAGCGUGAGGCGCCCCGCGGCAGCGGCAGGCGCAGAGUCCGGGGGGACCUUGUGGCGAGUUGCGCACCAGGCCGACUUGCCUUGUCUCGGGCUCCAGCAACGGCCCCGCGAGUUUGAAGGGCCCCGCGCUGCCGGGGGAUGUCUCCCGGUCGCUGUCCUUGCUCGGCGGGUGGCUUGCGCAAGUG